UCUCUUCUUUUCUUCAUCUUAAAGGGUUCUUUUACUUUUCUUCUAUAUAAACGAAUCCCUUCCACAUUCAUCUUGCACAAGUUCCACAAAUCAACUCAUCAAGUUCCAUCAUCAUGUCUCAGACAGUUGUCCUCAGUGUUCGCAUGUCGUGUGAAGGUUGUUCUGGAGCUGUGAAAAGGGUUCUAUCGAAAAUGGAAGGAGUUGAGUCUUUCGAUAUUGACAUGAAGGAACAGAAGGUGACUGUUAUAGGAAAUGUAGAGCCUGAGGUUGUUCUGCAGACAGUUGCUAAGACUGGGAAGAAAAGCUCUUUCUGGGAGGAAGAAGUUGAAGCAGUGAAAACUGAUACAAAAGCUGAAGAAGUUGAAGCAAAAACAGCAGAGAAAACUGAAACUAAGGCUACUAAGGCUGAAGAAGUUGAAGUUGAAGCAGAAACAGCAGUGAAAACCGGAACAAAGGUUGAAGAAGAAAUCGAAGUUGAAGCAGAAACAACAUCAGUGGAAAUCGAAAAGACAAAGCCAGCAGAAGUUGAAGCAAAGGAAGCAGCAGCAGCAGCACCACCAUCAGUUGGAAUCGAAACAAAGCCAGCAGAAGUUGUUGCUUAAUGGUCUUUGAACAUUUAUGGUUAUAUAUAUAUAUGUAUGUUUUAUGGCCUCUAUAUAAAUCCUUUGAACUAAAGAGGAUUAAGCUUCCCUUUAUUGGUUAGCUGAAAAACUUGGCUUAUAAAUUGUGUUAUGUUUUCUUUUGA